AUGACCUUGCUUUGCCGUCUGGGACUUGGCAGCGUUGAGAUUGUUGCUCUCGUCGUCCUGCUGCUCUCGCUCGCGGUGCUCCAUGCAAAGGUCGGCCUUCUUCCUGUCUCCCCGAGGCCUGGGAGACACCAACAAGGAGCACAGCCCGCGAAAGCCCCCGCAGUAGGGUUGGUCAUAGAACCUCUGACGGAGUUCGACUGGAAAAGGACAGAGCCUCGCAGACUGAGGCCGUUCAAGAACAUCUACCACGUCACAAUGGCGCUGCAGUCGGAUUCGCCGUCGAAUCUCAUCACCGUUGAUAAGGAUUACCUCGAUCGUGUCCACCUCCGACGGAGCCUCAUCGGCCAACAUGGCGAAAAGGUCCACGGAUGCCUGCCUGGAGGGGUCGAGGCCGUGCGAGAGCUAUACAUCUACCUCCUCCGCCGCUUUCUUCCCGCUCGGUACCCCACCAUGUUUGCGCUCUCCAGAGACGAGAGGCAGCUGAGCAAUCUCGUCACCGGCAAGACCUUCCCGGUCAGCCCGCCGGAGGACCCAAACGACGCUCUGCGUGUUCUUGGGGAAACUGUCGAGGAGGACAUGUUCCUGCUGCACAAUACCCCAGAGGGCCACAAGUCAUUCGCUUUUCUCUGCUGCUUCCCCGCAGGCUUCGAUCCGUCCACGAAACUCGGGAAGCUUCUCAGGGAUAUUCAUUCGCCGGUGCCGUCGUACGACAAGAUCGGUGCCAGCAUGGAGCGCUUUUUUGCCAAGCUGGAGGUCGGGAAACCGGUCAAGAGGGCAAACGCGAGUGCACCACUGGUUCCGACUGUCAGAUCCGUGCUAACCGGCUACCGCAGGGACCCUGCCGCCAUGGAUGCGGCGGAUAUCGAUAUCGACCACGUCUUCUUCCGAGUAGAGCUGCAGACGCUCACUCGCUUGCCGCAGACGCGGGCCCUCCUCUUCUCCUUCAAGACGUACAUGUACCCGCUGCGGCAGAUCAAGGAGGAAGGGUUGGGGCCUGAUCUUGCAGCAGCCGUCGAGGGCUUGAAAAAUGGCAAUGCGCCGGCCAUGUGGACGUACAAGGGAGGUCAUCGCUGGUCGAGGCGCGUUUGUGAGUACCUGCGGGCAUAA